ACUGAAGGUCUCCGGUUCGAGUCCGGGCGACGCCAUUUGAAAGCAUUUUUUUCAUUAUUUUUUACAUUUUCAUGGCAUCUUAAAGUUUUUAUGUGGACUGCUAAAUAGAAGUCUUGGUCAUAAAUUGAUUUUUUUUUUUUGAGAAUCUGCCAUAAAUUGAUUCUUGUGCUAUAUUUAACGUAAAUUUUGCCUUGAAAAUUGAAAAAGUGUUGAUUUUGCCUUGGUAGAAGGAAAAUCUGUAUCAAUUUUCCUCGUGGAAUCCCCAGAUCAAUUGUGUGUGUGUGUUCCAUCAACGUUGUUGUGCUUUCCUUUUAGUACUACUGAGUGAUCGCUUCCUAACCUGAAGCGACUGAGCAAUUGACGAGAUCUGUUUUAGAGAGAGAGAGAAGAGAGAUGGGGUUUCUCACACAAAGGGUGGAACGAAGCGAUUUAGAAGCAGGGGACCAUAUCUACACUUGGAGGACUCCCGUGUUCGCAUACUCUCAUCAUGGCAUCUAUAUUGGUGAUAACAAAGUGGUGCACUUCACUCAAGUUCAGAAUUUGAGCUCUGAUGACUCUAGUUCCUUUUUCUCCUCAUCAUCAGUUGCAGCAGUCUGUUUAAAUUUUGAAGAAAAAUGUGAGGUUAAGAAACAUAAAAAUGGAGUUGUUAUGUCAUGCUUGAAUUGCUUCUUGGGAAAUGGAUCUUUGUAUCGCUUUGAGUAUGGAGUUAGCGCGUUAGCUUUAGUCACUAAGCUUCGUUCCGGGACAUGCACCACUGCGAAGUCUGAUCCUCCAGGAGAUGUGAUUCGAAGGGCUUUGUAUUUGCUAGAGAUUGGAUUUGGGAAGUAUGAUGCGUUAUCAAAUAACUGUGAAGAUUUUGCUUUAUAUUGUAAAACAGGACUCGUUGUGAUUCGCCAGGAUGAUUCUGAAGGCCAUCGCAGUGGCCAAUCCUCGUCUGUUGCUGCUGCUAUUGAUUCUUUUAUCUUCUCUUUGUCCACUAAGAUAUUUAGUUCAAAUCCAUAUGUUCUUGGUGCAACGACAGUGGGGCGCUACACUUUUGGUCGAUACGUUACUGAUGUUGGUGUUAGGAGUGAUGUUAUUAAACUGGAGGUAGAGGCAUUUGCAUUGCUCCUUGGCGAAUUACCAGCUGAGGAUCAGCCUAAAAAGCAUGGUGACUUGCCAGCUGAGGAGGAAGAUGUAUGUGCUAUUGGUGGUGGCCUAGCUGAGAAUCGGCCUAAAAAGCAUGGGAACGUACCAGCUGAGUGUGAUGAUGAUGGUGUUGGCAUGGCUGAGGAUCGGCCUGAAAAGCACGGGAGCGUUCCAGCUGAGGUAGCUGCGUGUGCUGAUGGCGUUGGCAAAGCUGCGGAUCGGCCUAAGAAGCAGAAACAGAUGGUGGAUUAUCAUAAGCCUCUCAAGAAUGCGUCAUCUCUGUCCCCGCUUAUGGAAACCAAAUCCGCAUCGACAAUGCCGCAGCAAGAUGGCGGCGCCGCCGCUAAGAAGCAGGGGCUGCGGAAGCCGGUGUUCGUAAAAGUCGACAGCUUGAAGCCGGGAACGAAUGGGCACACGCUAACUGUGAAAGUAGUGACUGCCAACACCGUUCUCAACAAGAAGCCACGCAAUCCGACGUUUCGUGGGCCUCAAAGUCAGAACACGAAAAUCGCGGAAUGCCUGGUUGGCGACGACACCGGAACGAUCCUCUUCACCGCCCGCAAUGACCAGGUUGAGAUGAUGAAGCCAGGUAACACAGUGGUACUCCGAAAUGCUAAAAUAGACAUGUUCAAGGGAUCAAUGAGGCUGGCAGUCGAUAAGUGGGGCCGUAUUGAGGUUGUUGAACCAGAAAAGUUUGUGGUCAAAGAGGACAACAAUUUAUCCCUAGUGGAGUAUGAGUUGGUUAAUGUUGUGGAAGAAUCUUGAAUUUAGUCCAUGUUGGGGUUCAAUUAAGUUUAUGGCUUCGAUCUGGUUUUUGUUUUUUUGUUUCUCUCCAUUAAAGUAAUUAUCGUGUAGGACUAAGUUAGCUUGGUUUUAAUGGUUGAUGUGUAAAAAGAUGGACCUUGAUUUAUAGCACAUCUCUGUUAGAAUUUUGUCUA